GGUCACACUGCUGGUUAUAAUAAUAAUUGAUGGUCGAAUUUUGCUAAAUUGUUCGCUGUUUGCUAACAGCUCAGCUUUUGCUGGCUGAAAUCCGUACAAUACCGACCAUGACAUCCAUACUGGACAUGAAGUCCGGCCCGCCGGACUACUGGGCUGAGAUCCACAACUUCUUUCUGCCGCUCAAAUAUCUAGUGACCAACGACCGCUUCGAUGCGUUUGUGCAGGACAUUGACUUGUAUUACCUGAUAAAUGCGGUCUUUUGGAUAUUUGUGGCACUGUCCUGUGGCUUCUAUGGGUUUCAGCGUAUUUUUCAGUUGUUCCUCAAGUCGUCGAAUAUGAAGUACUUUAAGCGGAAACAAUUCGCGAGACUGAUCUGGAACAUCGCCUUCUAUGCAGCCAGCUGCCUAUUUCUGCACUUUUACAAUGAGUUCAUGAUAUUGCCGCAGCUAAUGAAGAACCAGGGGCGAUACUCGCUCUUCUAUUCGUCGGAUAAUCUCAUCUUCUACCGCUCGCAUCAGUUGGAGAAGUUUCAAUUUUAUUCAAUAUUUAUCAUCACGUUCUACCUGCACGGCGCCAUGCUGGACUUUAAGGAGGCAGAUUUCCUGGAGGUUGGCUCCAAGGGCCUCUACCUGUUAUCCCUCGUCGCCAUCGAUGUGUACAGAUAUGAAAACUAUUUUGUUGGCCUUAAUCUCACCGUGGGCCUGUACAGCAUACUCACCGAAGUGCUCGCGUUGCUGUCCCUGCCCAGCGGCAAUCGGAAUCGUCUCGUCUAUCAAACGUUCCUUGGCAUGCGAAUUGCAGCGUGGGCGUAUGUGUUCAUCAAUCUGCUGCCCUUCAAUUACUUUAUACCCACACUCUUUGCCAAGAACUUCAAGCUGCCGCUGAAUGUCGCCAUUUGGCUGUGGUAUGGCCUCUCCAUUUGGAACUCCCCAGUGCUGCAGUACUUCUACCAUCAGAUCUAUCACACAAAUCCAUCGGACUGCUCCGGCGAGGGUUCGGCGGCUAAAUGCAUUCUGGUGAAGGACUCCAUUGACUAUCGUCACUACAAGACGCUUAAGAAGGCCUAUCUGGAGGUGAAGCUGGCGCACGAGAGGGCCACAGCCAAUGCGCUGCCAGCCAGUGAAUCUGCCUCGGCCUCGGUCAAAACAUUUCAGGCCAUCAAAUGCGUAAUGAUGCUGAAGCGUAAAUUGAAGCGCAUACGCGAGGGACGUGGACACGAGCCGGAGGAUGAAAACGAUGACCUGACCACUGACACCUAAACCUAAACCCUCCUGCAACUUGCAAUUAGAAAAGACGCCGAAUCCACGCAUAGAGACACACACAAUUCCUUCAACCAAAAAAGACAAACUUCUGCCUUAGGCUAAACAAUUUCUGUCUCUCUCCCUCACUCUCUCCAUGAGCAACGCUUGGCAAGACUCUGUCUGUCUGUCUGUCUGUCUGCCAGCUGCUUUCAAGAUUUAUUCUCUGAGGCUGAGCCACGUUUUAUGUCUAGUAUUUUAUACAAAGAAAAAUUGUUCCUCAUAUUUAUUGGUUACACAUUAUAAGAGCAAAUGCAAAUGCAAAUGCAAAUGUCCAUGCGUCUCUGCUGCUGCUCUGCUGCCGCUGCUCUCUGAUACUAAUAAUAUAGUUUAUAAUAAUAAACCUA